AUGCAAACAACAGUGGAGCACUUUGAGGUCCUGCUGGAGAGGAUUUGGCAAGAAGGUAUGAGUGAGGAAACCAAGUUUCGAGCGAUCUCUAAAUGGCUGGAUGCAGGACGCAUGGAGUAUGAUGUGAAGGAAAGGUCAGAGGCAUUUACAAAGAUAAUUUCUAAGAUUGACUUGCCUAGGCUAUCUCCACCGUGUCAAGCUGAGUAUUGGGAAAUUGUAAGAAAACAUUUCGAAUGGAUCAAGCCGAUGCCUCACCCUUCCUCCAACUGUCUAUCACAUUUCAGGGAGGUGCUUAUGAUCGUUGGAAAGGAUACAGGUUCGGGAUCAUUCGUUUUGAAGUCUGUGCCGCAGUUGCAACCGGACGAAACGUUUAAUGUUGAAGUUCCAAGCCAUGAUACAUCGACCUUACUGAAUGGCACAUUUUAUGCCUUCUGUCUUUGGAGUGACACAAGUAGUUUUUGUUCCGUAAAUUUCCGAAAUGGAUGCGUUUUGGAAUUCCCUUUUAAAGGGGAGAAACGCACAUCAUAUUCUGUCUCUGCGAGAAAUGAAUCAAUCUUUAUUUUUGGUGGCUGCAAAGGAGAUGACGUUGUUCCGACUUGCGAAAAAGUGGACACUGCCACGGGCGAGUUCACUCGACUCCCAGACAUGCCAUCAGCGCGUUCUCGUGCUUCGGCCUUAAAUAUUCCAGACAUCGGAAUCGUAGUUGUUGGUGGAUGGACUGAGAAAUGCUUAAAGUUUGCUGAAAUUAUGGUAGAAGAUCCUUUGCAUAAGAGCGGAUGGCGAUGGAUGAGGCUCGACCCGAUGUUAGAGAAUAAAUUACAUAUCCGACUAUAG